AUGGAAAAAUCUCAGCGAACAGUCAUUAUUGCGGGCGGAGGCGUAACUGGCCUUACCCUGGCAAAUAUGCUGGAAAGACUUGGUAUAAACUAUAUCUUACUGGAAUCUCGCAACGAAAUUGCACCUCAGAUUGGUGCAAGCAUUGGCCUUCAAGCAAAUGGACUUCGAAUUCUGGAUCAACUAGGCUGCGCAGAGGGUAUUCUAUCUCUCUUUGACGGUCCGCUUGUGAAAAAUCCGCUUCAGGACAGAUUUGUACGGUAUCCCGAUGGCUCCAUAAUCAGGCAUUUCCGCAAUAUCCAAACACAACUCAAAAAGAGGCAUGGCUAUCCGACUAUCUUCAUCGAUAGGCAAAUGCUGUUACAGGUUUUGUAUGAAAAACUCGAGUCAAAAGACUCUGUGUACACUGGAGAAGCUGUCAGAUCUGUCGUGGAACUCGAAGACGGUAUCAAAGUCAUCACAGCCAAAGGAAAAGAGUUCAAGGGAGACAUCCUGGUCGGUGCCGACGGCAUCUUCAGCACCGUUCGACGUGAGAUGUGGCGCAUGGCAAAUAAGGCAUCACCGGGGUAUUUUCCUGAUAACGAGUGGUCACGUGUACCCUGUCACUAUAAGUGUAUAUUCGGCAUUUCGCGCCCCAUCGAGCAAUUGCCCAAGGGUGCCCACCCUAUCUACAACGACAAAUUCUCAUAUCUGCUCUUAAGCGGGCCAGGAGGAAAGUUCUAUUGGUUCUUCUUUGUUAAACUGCCUGUCCCUCUAUACGGCAAUGAUAUCCCACGUUAUACAAAGCUAGACGAGGAGCAACUGGUGGCAGAGCAUGCAUCUGAUCCUAUCACACCCGAGGUCACCUUCGGACAGCUGUAUGAAGCUAGAACCAACUCCACACUGACAGCACUUCACGAAUAUGUGUUUGAAAAAUGGCAUUACAAGCGCAUUAUCACUAUUGGUGAUGCAGCUCAUAAGUUUGAGCCUUUAACAGGUCAAGGAGGCAACUCAGCCAUUGAGACAGCAGCAUCUCUUGUGAAUCACCUAACGGGUGAGUAUUCAAAAUGGAGUGUUAAAAACAUAGAAUCCGCUUUUGCCGCCGUACAGAAAGAGCGUUUCGAUCGAGUAAAGUGGCUCAUCGAUGAUGCCCACCAGAUUCAACAGAUCCAAGCUAUGGCAGAUCCUCUCCUGGCUGUCAUCGGCCCCCCAAGAGUUCGCCUUCUCAGCGAGAUAACUUUCCUAGGCGGUAGUAAGCUCGUUGGUGCCAUGAGAGUUAACGGUAUUCCUCUGCCUCCACGUGAACACACAGUCCCAUUCAACGACGAAUUACCCGCAAAACCUCUAUCUUGGUCCUGGCUACCCAUAGCUGUUGGAGCCUUCAGUCAAGUUGCGUUACUUCAAUUGGCGUCAGAGAUGCUUGUGCCAUUACAGAAACCGAACACGUUUGGUGGUGAGCCUUUGGUAAAGCAUUAUACAGGUAUUGAAACUCUGGACAAGAUUUUGGCUACAUCUGUAGCUACUUUUGGAGUUUCCCUUGAAUCAGGCACAUCGACAAGGUUACAGCUGAUCUCCUUUAUGCCACUGUUGAUGUCUACCAUUCUUGACUGGACUCUUGAAAGCCAUCGCGUUGGCUCAAAUGGUCUGAUCACUUCUUUCUCAUCGGUCUUUAUCAUCAUCUUCCACGUCGCGGCAGUAGGACGAAUCGCGCCAAUAUAUCACUUGAUUUCAGCAUGCGAGCAUAUCCUUUGGGGGUCUAUAGACACAAUUACCGACCGCUCGAUCGAUGGAGAAGUAGUCAAAUCGUUUAUUCCAGGUAUAAUCUUUGGAUACAUCAUACCUACUGCACUGAUGCUGGGACCUUUUGAAGACAAGACUGCCUGGCAGAAAGUGACUGCAUUGUGGCAGGGUGUCCCUCUUUACGUCGCUCUUUUCACCACUGUUCUUUCCACCGCUCUACGUAAGCAUAGAGUCAGAAAUGCGUCAAACCCACCCGAGUCAGAGAUCUCCAAAAAAAUCCAAAAUCCAGACAAGCGAGAAUCGGACACGCACUCGUUGCUGAGAUGCGUGUACAUAGCGGGAACCGCAACUACAGCACUUAUACAUCUCUAUGUACUCUGCCGCAUCUCACGAACGUCAAACCUUAGACUCUCUGAUGUUUUCGGUAGUAUCGGAGCAUCUGACAUAUCUCCAUCUGAGCCAGCAGACAAGAUCUGCACAUUCUGGCAGCGAGAUAUGCUCUUGAAUGCCGCUUCAGUUCUUGCCAACAGCGUCUGUCGGAUUCUGGAUCUACGCUUUUUGGGCUAUAUUACAAACAAGGAAGCUUUAACAACUUCGGUGGCAGUUUUGAUCUCGCAGCCGGUGCUUGGACCAGCUGCGGCUCAUAUUGGAUUCCUUGGAUGGAGAGAAGAGGUUUACAUGAGAGUUCGAAGGCGAAUUAGUGCUAAUAGGUAG